GAGGAAAAGCGAAGGGAAAGAAUGUGCAGUCGGUACUACGGCGCGGGCCACAGCAGACUGGCUUAUGCUGGAAAAGGGUGAAACCUGAGAGGCAGGGCCGGGUCGGGUGUCAGGGCUGGAAGGUGUCCGGGUGGAGGGGAGGAUGGCGAACGCAGCCAGGGUGGAUGUAGACGGAGAAGAGCGGGGGGCAUUUCCGAGAAGCGUGGGACCUGGCUGCGGUGUUGGGUGUCCCGCUCUGAUUUCUCCCCGGUCUAGAUCAGGUUUCUCCUCCAAUCCAGUUCUUCCAAAAGCCACAGAGAAGAGACGUUCGCGGAAAGCACCAUGAACGAGCUCCUGGGAUGGUAUGGCUACGACAAAGUGGACCUCAGAGACUCCGAGGCCAACGAGAUCCGGAACUACAGGGAGAGGCGCCAGCAUGUGUCUGUGUUAAAAGAAAACUCCUUGCCAAAACCGAAGACCGCGCAGGGCAAAGUCAGUCACUCGGUCAUUGCAGUGAAGAGCGGCGAGAGGGAUUCGUCCGGCGUCCCUUCGUCUUCGCCUUCCUCUUCGUCGACGAGCACAUCCACGCCCAAGGAGCACAAGAGUGCGCCUGUCAUCGUCCCGCUCAUAAAGCCCUCAGCAGUGGACGACGUGCAGAAUGUGCAGAUAGUGUGCGUUUGGUGCCAGAAGGAAGGCGUCAAGCGCUACUCUCUAUGCAUGGGUUCCGAGCUCAAGAGCUUCUGCAGCGAGAAGUGUUUCGCCGCCUGCAGACGGGCCUACUUCAAGCGCAAUAAGGCCAGAGAUGAAGACCUCCACGGCGAGAGAUCCCCCAAGCACCCGCGUACAGAGGACUCGCCCAGGCUGGUGAUGAAGAUGAACAGCAAUGUCCGGUCUCUCUCUCCUGUAAUGCAGGUGUGCGAUUGGUGCAAGCAUGUCCGACAUACCAAAGAAUACCUGGAUUUCGGAUCCGGCGAAGAGCGACUCCAGUUCUGCAGCACAAAAUGUCUCAAUCAGUACAAGAUGGAUGUUUUUUACAGAGAAGCCCGCGCCGCUCUUACCUGUUCCAGCCCGGCUAGAGCUAGCUCGGAGGGGCGGUCGGACGCCAGUAUUGCCGGACAAAAGCUUCUAACUCCGGAGUCUUGGAAUAACAGCAGUAUCACCGGGGAUGCACAUCAUAGAAACAUUUCCAAUAAGGACUUACCAGAAUCAUCCUCCAUCUCCCCAUCAGAGUCAUUAUCGUCUUCAUCUAAGCCUCCAGUCUCUGGCCAAAGGACUGUGGACAGGCCCAUCCAACCACUUCCUCAAGCUGUAGCAGUGUCGCCUCACCCUACUUUCAUCCCAUCUCCACAUCCACACCACCCUUUGGAUCAUCAGCCGAUUCCUCAAAUGCCAAUGCCCUUUAUCAGACCUCCUCUUCAUGCCCAGGGUCUCAGAAGCCCCUUUGCCCACCAUUCAAGACAACCAGGCCCCUCUUCAAGCCCAAUUCACAGACCUCCACAUUCUCCUCACCUUCAGCCUCCCACCUCCACCUCCAUGAACCCACCAGGACUGAUGCAUCCCUUCCCUCGACCCUAUUUCCCGGGCUUCCACUCCCCUCCGGUGAACAUGUUGCCCAGAGGCCCUGUCCCAAUGCCUCCCUUUAUGAACUUUGGCAUCCCCUCAUUUAGUCCACUCCUUCCACAACCCACUGUCCUGGUUCCUUACCCCAUUAUUGUUCCUCUACCGAUCCCAAUACCCAUUCCAAUCCCUGUUCCUAUGCCUCCCAAAACUAAUCAUGAAACCCCAAAUCACAGCGGCGUUAUACAGCCUGUCCCAGAUGGAACAGAGAGGUGUCGAUCCAUACCUUUCAGGGUUCCAUCUCCUGGAGUAUCCGAAGGGAACGCCCACUCGUUACACCACAAAGUGGGUGGAAACUUGUCACACGGUGACUCCAAUUUUAUGGACCUGAGUUGGGUUAAAUCAGAAAGGCCAUUCCCAUCCCCAACAUCCACAUGUCACAGUGGGACAUCGUCCCCCAGAGCGCAGUACAACGCCUCCCCCUGCUCAACGCGCAGCUCGGAAGGACUGAUAGACUACAAACAACAACAGCAACAGUCAGAACGACAAGUUAUACAAAGGGUACUACAAAGAACCCAAGUGAAGCUGGAACCUCAUUCCAGGGGAUUACAGGACUUCUCGGGGUUAGAGGAGUCACAUACUGUUCAGAGUAUCAAGUCAGGGUUCCAUGACAUCAUUCGACCCCCUCAAUCUCCUUCACAUGACACCGUAAUCCAAAAUAAGGACUCUCAUGUGUCACCUCCACCAAGCCCUACAGUUAACAUCCACCCAUAUGAUGGCAUGUCUUCUGUCCUAAAAUCUCAGAGCCAAGGUCCAAAUGGGAUGUCCUCUGUACAAUCCACCGCAAGUUUAGACACACUCUUACCCCAAAGAGUACCAGCACCCCCAACAGAUCCUGCACUGACUGAGCAGGAAUCUAUAAAAGAAAAUAAGUGCUCUGUUGUCAACCCUGCACGAGUUGAGGGUCCAAUCAGUCAGUUAGAAGAAUGUUCAGUUACGAAUGCUGGAGAAGACCCCCAUUUCCCAGAUGAGGACCAUGCCUACGCCCUACCCACCGCACCAAAGACAGGCGGGAGUCCAACUCCGCUGCUCUUGCCUAAACUCAGGGACAAGGGUGGCUUGCGAGGCUCCGCUAAUACACCCAGUUCUGGUGACAUGGAGCCAGCCCUAAAGAGGAGAUGCCUACGAAUCCGUGAUCAAAACAAAUAACAGACUGAGCAGCCCUGUUCGACACAGCAUGGCAGUGCCAGAUUCAGUACCACGCCCUCUUGUGGACGACGCCACUGCUAACACCUUCCCCGCCCUGCUCCCAACAGCCCACCAGUGUGCGGGUCAGCAGGGUGCCAAAGCCGGAAGCCUCCGGCACGGCUCCACCAUCCCAGUCUCCUUUGGACCAAAACAAGUGGCGUGUCCAAGGACUGUUUGGUACAGGACCGUCCCUUGAAGUGUGCCCCAGAUGCCCUCAUCGUGGUCUUCCUCCUCCUCCUCCUCCUCCUCCUCGCUCCGCACUGAUCAGCCCUGUGUGGUCUUCUCAGAUGGAGCCCGAACAUGAUCUCUUUCCAGGGGAAACGGCUUGUUUUCUCUGCCCAGCUUGCACAAAGAGCCACAUUGUUCCUCUCCCCCGUAUACCACACGGACUCCCCACUUGAGGUUUUGGGUUACCUGGCCGACGGGGCUCAGACUUCAGGAGGAGGAGGAUUUUUUUUUUUUUUUUGACCGACAGUUCGGAAUAUAGGAUUGGCUUCUACUCUCCAUCACCCACGCCCAAUCUAAAUACGCCCGGGUUCUGAGGUUUGAGUUCCUCACUAUCCACUAUGCUUGUUCAGGGAUGGAUGAGAUGUAAACAAAAAAAGGGCUUUUUGGUUAAGACUGAUGACUGAGCAGUUUAUGACUAGAUGUUAAAUAAUGUAUAAUAACAGAGAUUAUAAGACGGACUGACCUACUGAUCACUUUAGUGGUCCUGAUGAUGCAUUUAUUCAACAUGUGGAUAGGAAAUCAUAUUUCUAGAAGGGAGCGGAAUUUGAAUACAUUUCCUUGAUCAGCUAUGGAAAAAACUAUUACCGACAUUGACCUAAAUAUUAGACCAGGCCUGGGCAAUUAUUUUGACUAAGGCAGUGGUUUCCUACCACUGUGUCGUGAGAUACAGUCUGGAGUAACCGUGUCAUACUCUUCCAUAUCAGUAGGUGGCAGCAGGUAGCUAAUUGCUCUUGUAGAUUUCGGGAACACGGUUUGUUGUGAUCACGAUAUGCGGGAGGCAGCGUGCAGGUAAAAAGGUAUCUAACACUUAAACCAAUGGCGGGUGCCGCUAAGAAAAGGCAUUGAAGCUUAGGGAAGGCUAUGCAAAACAAAACUAAAACUGAACUGGCUGCAAAGUGAACAAAAAACAGAAUGCUGGACGACAGCAAAGACUUACAGCGUGUGGAGCAGACGGCGUCCACAAAGUACAUCCGUACACGGCAUCACAAUCAACAAUGUCCCCAUAAAGAAGGCUAGUAAACGCAUCUUAAAAUAGUCUUAAUUUACGAAAACAAAGCCAGUGUGGGGAACAGCGCUCAAGGAAGACAUGAAACUGCUACAGGAAAAUACCAACAGAAGAGGAAAAGCCACCCAAAAUAGGAGCGUAAGACACUUACACAAAGGAAAACACUAAAAAAAGCUAAAUAAUUCAGGGCGUGAUGAGACAAGAGCUAUGCGAUAACUACUUUUUAUCGUCAAUAUUGGCUUACUGAGUUCCAUUUUUUUGAUGUUUUCUGCUGGUGGUGUGCCUCAGAAUUUCAAUUUUCAAUGGAAAAAAAUGAGGUUGAAAAACACUGGACUAGGGGGCCAAAUUUAGAGAGGAAAAAAAUGUGUUUGGGGUUUGCUGGUGUAUCUGUUUUUAGGAACAAUAAUACAAAACCUCACAAAAAUGUUUGAUUGGAUGCUACUCAAUGAGACACCCAGAAUGUGCAUUAAAAAAAAAUAAAGAAUGUGGGAUUUACAAUAUUAGCUAUGAAGGAUAAAACACUGAAUAUUGACAACAUGUGAACAUCACUCCCCCUCCCCAUUUACAUAUUUUACAAUCAAGCGAAACACAACAAAAAUGCACCAAACAGCGAAAAAUAAAGCUUUAGAACUUUCCGCAUCUGUCCCUGACACCCGCAUUUCAGGCCGACGCUCUGUGGAAACGCUCCCCGCCCACACUGCUUGGUGCCUCGUCUGAGCUGCUGUGACUGAGAUGACCAUAGUAACUAAUUAGAUGACCAUAGUAACUAAUUAGAUGACCAUAGUAACUAAUUAGAUGACCAUAGUAACUAAUUAGAUGACCAUAGUAACUACCAUAUCAUGCAAAAGGGCAGAUUCCGACCAUUGAAAUACUGAGUACAGUUCAAGACUUCCGGUCAUUAGAAACAUUUUUCAUCUCAAAGAAAUACAAAAAAAAAAAUUUGGGAAUGUCCGGCGGGCCAGAUGGAAAAACUUUAUUUGCCCAGGUCUGUAUUAGACGGUAUGUUUCCAGAGAAAACUAUUCUGCAAAAGACAGAGGUCUUAUAUUAUGUCUGGAGAUGUACAUAGGCCAACCAACCACCAGAGGUCGCCAAACCCCGCAGCAAGCAUGCCUUGAUGUCAUUGUCUCCCACCAGUGACCAUGACGGAUGCAAAAAGAGAAAAAAAAAAACACUGGAUAAAAAGUGUCUCAAUGUUAACGAAGUUUAGCAAACAACACCAUCCAUCCAUCCAUUUUCUACCGCCUGUCCCUUUUGGGGUCGCGGUAGCUCCAUUCGGGCGGAGACAUUUAUUUAAUUGGACUUGUUUACUCAAAACGGAUAUGGAAAAGUGUCAUUUUUAUAGAGGAUGUUUUUAUGUUCAAGUGAGUACGGUAAUUGUUUUUUUGUUUUUUUUUAGUGUUCUGAACUCCUGUUUCCAUGCCAGUGUUGUAACAUUAGGAAAUAAGGGGGAGUUGUGCCAUAGCGGAUGUUGCACAACCCAUCAGGCACAAGACAUUAAAACAACAUUAACAACUUUUCAAGUUAGGUCCUCGAACCUAACGUUGAAACAUGGUUUUGGACAACGUUUAAUCAAUGUUGGGUUCUGACGUUGAUUUGACCAUUGAAUGUUACGUCAUUUCCACAGCAAUAUUCUACAACGCAAAUACACAACGUUGAAUGACGUUUAAUCAAUGUUGGGUUUUGAUCGACGUAAAAUUGACCGUUACACAAUGUUGAAACAACAAGCUUUUUGACAACGUUUAAUCAAUGUCGGGUUCUGACGUUGAUUUGACCGUUGAAUUUUGGUCAUUUCCCAACCAAUAUUCUACAACACAAAUACAACGUUGAAAGAACAUGCUUUUUGACAACGUUUAAUCAAUGUUGGUUUAAUUUGACCUUUUAAUUUUGGUCAUUUCCCAACCAAUAUUUAACAACACAAAUACAACGUUGAAACAACAUACUUUUUGACAACGUUUAAUCAAUCUCGGGUUCUGACGUUGUUUGACCGUUGAAUUUUGGUCAUUUCCCAGCCAAUAUUCUACAACACAAAUACAACGUUGAAAGAACAUGCUUUUUGACAAUGUUUAAUCAAUGUUGGUUUAAUUUGACCGUUGAAUUUUGGUCAUUUCCCAACCAAUAUUCUACGACACAAGUACAACGUUAAAAGAACAUGCUUUUUGACAACGUUUAAUCAAUGUUGGGUUGAUUUGACCGUUGAAUUGUGGUCAUUUUCCAACCAAUAUUCUACAACACAAAUACAACGUUGAAACAACAUACUUUUUGACAACGUUUAAUCAAUGUUGGGUUCUGACGUUGAUUUGACCGUUGAAUUUUGGUCAUUU